AUGCAAACUCCUACCCUUCCUUCGAUCAAACAUCUUCUUCUUGAUACUCCAAUCAAUGAAGUUCAUGGUUCUUCAUUUAACUUACCAUACUCUCAUUCUUCAUCUCCUCUCACACCAAUCUCUUCUUAUCCUAGUUUCCCUUCCUUAUCCCCACAAUCAACCGAUGCUCAUCACCUAGCUGCGAUCAAUGCUCAUAAUAAAAAUAUGUCACUUUCUUCUAAUAAUAUCAACAUUAAAUCAUUACUUUCUCCUCCUGAAUCACCAAAUAUGACACAUAAUUAUCAACAAUCUCCUCUUGAAUCUUAUGAUAAUCAACAUACUCCGAAACAGGAGCUAAGAUAUUCACUCCAGCAGGUGUCUGGAGAACAAUGCAGUUGUUGUGCAAGAACUUCCGAUGAUUACUCAUUAACUUCUAUGCAAAUGAAUUCAUAUAAUAGUCAAUAUUCACAAUCAAUUCAACAACGUUAUCCUUAUUCUACUACUAAUCCUCUCCCAAUUUCAUCAUUUGAUCGAAAACAAACUACUGGAACCACUCUUCCACGAUUGAAUGCAUCGGUUUUUACAAAUAUCGCUUCAUCAAAACAUUUUCCUCAAAAGAGUAUUAAUAAUCAACAAGCUUCUCAAAGUAACUCUUCAUGUGGAAAUCGUUAUCAAUGUCCUUAUUGUUCAAAGAGAUUUUCGCGCCCAAGUUCACUAAGAAUUCAUACUUAUUCACAUACUGGUGAAAAACCAUUUGUAUGCUCUGAACCAGGAUGUGGUAGAAAAUUCUCAGUACAAAGUAAUAUGCGUAGACAUCUCAGAGUUCAUAGAUUAGGAAGACCAGUUAAGAGAACUCGAUAUGACGGUGAAGUUGAAGGUGUUAAAAUGUUGAAUCAUGCAACAAUUCUUAGAGGUUGUUAUUAA